CCUCUUCCUGUUGCCCCCUUCUACAAUGAGCUCGAAAGAGAAAUGGAGAACAAUGAGAAAUCAGAUUCUGUAAACCAACGUCCUUUGCUGUGGAUGAUAUCAGCUUUCUUCGAUGACAUCUCACAUUAAGAGGCGUGGAUUAAGGAGAUUAAAGAGCGAGAAAUAUGUCUGAAUUCCUGAAUCAGCAGGCCAUGAAAGUCGUCUCCAAAAGUUCAGAAAAUGAAGACAGACAGAUAGCGCCUGACAUGAUGAAGAGUCUGGAGAAAAGGGGAUCAGUCCUGGUACCUGCUUCACAGAUGGAGAAGAUCAAUGAAUUCUUCCACAUCUGUGACAGUGAGGACAAGGGUUACAUUACACCCAGUGAUAUGAGGAGGUUGAACAAAGAAAUACCACUCUCUGCAGAAGAACUGGAGAAAGUCUUUGACUCAUUAGACUUGGACAAAAAUGGGUACCUUACUCUAGAAGAGUUCUCCACUGGAUUCAGUAAAUUUCUGCAAAGACGUAGAAUGAGUCAGGCAGAGGAACAGCUCAUGGGUCUCUCACAAGACUCUCCGGAAACUCUAUACCAGAAUGAACCACAGGUUUAUGAGGAAGAAAGACACUUCGGCACACUGAUGGAAAGCCUAGGCGCUAGCAAUAUCUUUGAAGAUCCUGGUGAAGUGCGCACUCUGUGGACUCAACUAAAAAAAGAUGAGCCUCAUCUCCUGUACAACUUUGAAGAUUUCCUGACUCGAGUCAUAUCCCAGAUCAGAGUGGCCCAACAAGAGAAGAGUGAGAUGGAAAGUGCCUUGAAAAAGAAAGCUGCAACAUACAACGGUGAAAUCCAGCAGUUAUACGAGGAAAUGGAGCAACAGAUAGAAAACGAGAAAGAUCGAUUGAGUCACAAGACCUUCAGUAGUCAGGAUCUCCAACAGCAGUUGCGAAGCAAAGAGCAAGAACUUGAGCAGCUUUUCCUCAAACAGAAAAGGUUGGAGCAACAGUGUCAAGAACUGCAUAGUGAACACCAGGAGAGUCAGGUGGAGAACAUAAAACUGAAAAUGACCAAUCAGGAGCUCUCACGUGAACUGGAACACUCCUGUCAUGAACUGUCAUUGGCUCAGGAGCAACUGGCCAAACUGCAGGAGCAAAGCUCGAGACAGCAGCAAGAAAAAGAAAUGGAGGUGUACAGAAUCAUGGAGAGACUGCAGGGAGAGAAGCAAACCCUAAUUAAUCAAUUAGACCUGCUCAGAGAAAUGAAUAAACAGUUAAGAGAUGAAAAAGACUCUUUGAAAUGCAGCAAUUUGUUAAACAAAGCCACCCUUGAACCGGGACCAGCUUCAACCUUAAUCGUUCAUUCUGACAGAAAGCAGGCUACAGAAAGCGAGACUGGUGCAAAAGUGACUCAGCACCCUAACAGGAAGACCUCAUCUUGUAGCUCGAGCCCACGCCCUGCCUCUGGAGAUGAUGGAAUGAUGAGAAUGGCCAAGCAUACUGCAAGUGCAGAUGGGGACUCCGUGACUGAGAACCCUGACCCCAGUGCAAUGGAUUCAAUAUCAUUCCACAGGGUUAUCUCCAUCGAGGAGGACCACCUCCCACACUUGCUCGAUGGAGAACCCUAUCCUCUCUUCCAUCAGAUGAAUGAGGAAGAAGGAGGAGCCCAGAUUGAUCUGCAGAUGAGCCCUGUGUGUCCCUCAAACAUGUUCCUUGCCCCUGUGACCAGGGACCAGCCAGUAGGCAAGGAGGAUUUGCAGACGGGUCCGGUGGAGAAUUUGGUGUCCAUCCCACAGCGCCUCUUUAAAGUCAUUCUCGUGGGCAAUUCAAAUGUGGGUAAAACUGCUUUACUGCACCGUUUCUGUGAUGGUUAUUUCCACAUGGACACUACAGCCACUGUGGGUAUUGACUUCAGUGUGCGGACUCUGAAUCUGGGGGACACUCCUGUGGUUCUACAGUUGUGGGACACUGCAGGACAAGAGCGAUUUCGAAGCAUCACCAAGCACUUCUUCCGCAAGGCUGAUGGCAUAGUGGUGACUUAUGACAUCUCUCUACGUGACAGCUUUAAGUCUGUGCGCUCCUGGUUGGUGAGCAUACAGGAUACAGUCGAAGGCUCAGUUCCCAUAAUGCUUCUGGGCAACAAAUCAGACAGGGAGAGUGUGAGACAGGUGGCAACUUGGGAAGGGGAAAAGCUUGCUAAGGAGGCACAUUUGUUGUUCUACGAGUGCAGUGCUUAUACAGGCGACAAUGUGCUCGAGGCCAUGGUACACCUAGCCAGAUCACUGAAGGAGCAGGAGGACAGAGUUUGGGAGAACACAGUGCGGCUGGUGGAUCAGCCUGGGAAGAAGAAAACCUGCUGCGUGUGACCCCCCCCAACACACACACACACACACACACACACACACACACACACACACACACACACACACACA